AUGCAUAAUACAAAAUUGAAAAUUCUAAUGAUCGGACCGUGUGAUAGUGGAAAAACAUUAAUAGCAAACUUCAUUUCUGAAUCUAUAAAUUUAGACGAAGUUAAUAUUACCAGGCCAACCCAAGGUGUUCGAAUUGUUGAAUUUGAAUUGUCCAACUUAAAUGUGAAUGGAAAGAUUCAUAAUGUUGAUAUAGAACUAUGGGAUUGUAGCGGAGAUCACAGAUUUGAAUCCUGCUGGCCAGUUUUGCGCCUUGGAGUUCAAGGGGUCAUAUUAGUUUGUUCGUCUAAUACUAUAAAUACUGCUGGAAGAGAAAUGGAGCUCCUGUACAAUUAUUUUGUUUCACAACCGAAGUUGUCUGCAAAACAAUGCGUUCUUUUUUACAAUAAUAUAGAAGAACAAGACGAUAUGGAGUCAUUAAAUUUAUCUCCAACUUUCUCGAAAGUUUCUCAGGUGGCUGUGAACAUGAAGUCAGGAGGAAAUCGUUUAAAGAUCGAUUUUUCUAACUAUAUUGCCUCAAUUUUGCAAACACUAAAUAAAGAUAAUUAA